AUGUCGGCACGCUCAGAACCGAAACGGGGUAUUAACGUCCCACACGAUCGCAUGCUCUCCACCCUGGUGACGGCAGCAAAGCUGCUAUUCGACGCAUCGCGUAAUCCAGACUUUACCAAAGAUAGCCCAUUCGCUCUGAAUGCUCUACGAAAAGCAACUUCCUUGUCGAAACCAUAUCUGGUCAGGUUGGAGCAAGAAUUAGCCCGACACAAUGUACAGACUACUGCCCCUGACCACCGCCAAGUGAGAGCGUCGAAGGCGGUGCAGUUUCGAGAUGUAUUACGGAAGGUCAUGAAGAUUGCGCAAGAUCUGACCAAGACGAGGAGCCGGAGACCACGUGAGUCGGUACGCUUGUCGUUGCUGAGUGAUGUUCAUCAAUACCUCGGUCUCGAAGUGGCGAGGGCAAUGAGGGAGGUGAAGAGGCUCGAGCAUACUCUAGAGGGUAAGCACAAGCGACACAGGCAUCGCAGACAUCGCAGUAGUACAGACAAGCCCGAGGAGCAUGCGCAUCACAAUACCGGAGAGAGUGAAGGAGGAAAUGCAGUCGAGAUAUCGCGCGAAAUGGUGAGCCUCACGUCUCGCGCCUCUCAUCACGCCGAAGAAGAAGACAAACACUCAGCAAGACCAGAUGAGGUAAAGACGACAGCAGCUCAAGAUUCAGUACAACAAGUACCACACGAUGUGGCGAGCCUUGCGUCCGCUGCAUCGCAUCAUACUGUGGCUGCCGCACCACCACAAUCUCCAAAGGACAUUAUUCCAGCAGAAGACGCGGCGGGAUCAACACAUACCCACCAUACGACCCCAGCGCCUUCCGUGCAGCUCAAUCGAGCACAGUCACAAACCACUCCAGAGCUCAAUGAUCGUGAGCAUCCCCACAGCCCUCCAUCACCAUCCGUGAAGACCAGCACCCACAGCAAAGAGCCCAUCGCAAAUCCCGUCUCUCGUACAACGAGUCGUCACGGCUCCCCCUCCACACGAGGAACUCCAACGCCACCAUCCGAAACGAGCUUCGACAGGAGAAUUUCCGCUGCGCAUGCAAGACUCGAUUCUGUGGAGAAGGUGCUUGCUAGUCCUUCGCGACCUGACCCUCUCUCGGAGCAGAAUCUUUCUCGACAUAAUUUUUCACAGAAGAGCGGUAGUAGUAGUAGUAAGCGUUCGAAACACGGCUCGGGCACGAAGAAGGAUGGUGGUGAUGAGAGGGAGUCGAAGUUGUCGCUUGCUGCGGGUUCUGAACAGCUUGGAUCGUCAAAGGAGGAGAAGGCGGGGGAGGAGGAGUCUAAGGGGAAGGGGGAGGUGGAGGGUGGGAAAACGACGUCUAGAGGUACAGGUAGUCGGGCAUCUAGUCACCAUUCGAGACGGGAAGAAGCAAAGAUAAAGUCUGGAACGAGUGUUCAUGCCAGCCAUGUGUCCUCUUCUUCAUCAAGAAAAGGUGAUGAGAACAAACCAAAGUCGUCACCCUCCGCGACGUCAGAACAGCACGGAUCGGCGAAGUCGUCCUCGUCCUCGUCCAAGGGAAAACUCAAAGUGGAAGAUGGGAAAACGACGUCUAGUCACGCAUCUACAUCUACUCACCACUCCAAGCUUAAACAAGCAACACCAAUACAGUCUGGAACGAGUGCUCACGCAAGCCAUGCCUCUUCCUCCUCCUCUCCAUCCCCAAUCUUACCUGAUAUCAGCAAAAAGAAAACAUCUCCUCCUUCUUCUACUUCCUCGACGAAAAAUAGCACUAAUAACAACAAAGUUCGCGCACAGAAGAAGUCUGAGUCAAAUAUAGUGGAAUUGCCUGAACAAGAAGAAGGAGAAGCAGAAGAAGGAGAACAACAACAACAACAACAACAACAACAACAAGUAUUAUCAUCAUUCACGUUGGAACAGCAGCAGCAGGAUGAAAUGGAUAGGGAGAGGGAGAGGGACAGGGAGAGGUUGUGA